GAGGACGAGCCGGAAGGUUUGGCGAAUGAUGCCGAGGUUGAAGAGUUCGCAGAGUUUGCAAACCGAGAGGCUGUCAGAAGCACCUGUGUGGUGGUAACCCUCCUCUCUUGGAGCCAAAGCAAGGUGCCGUCAGGGAUCCUCACCCCGGAGGGCUCCGAGCCUGAUGCAGCCGACGGUUUGCUAAAUGACCGCGAUCUGACCCAGGCUCUACUGCGGGCAGACAAUGUUCUGAUCCCCUGCACCUUGGAGUACCAAGAGGAGAUGGUUCAAGCCAAGAGGAUCGUGGCUCAAAUUCAGCGGCGCUCAGCUCAGGUCUGCGUCAUUGCAGUUCUGCUGAUGCCGAAGCCGGUGCUCCUGAAUCGUGAGACCAACGAGGUUCUCGUCAGGCGCCACAGUGAGCUGCUUUCCACUGGUGUCGAUGAUGUCCUCUACUUUGAGCUGUUGAGAGAUGUGGCAGCACUAAAGCGUGCGAUCAACCUUUCGCGGGCAAUGUGGAAGACGAACAUGCUUCGUGCGAAGCUGAUGUUGAACGUAGAGGUGGAUUUUGACUCCGCAGAGGAAGCGGCCCAGGUGCAGGUCGAGCAUUCGAGCCUACUCUGGGAGCAGAUACCGAAGACUUUGAUGCCCGAGUUCCGUCCCGUGAAUGAGCAGAUCUUGGAGACGACGAACAUGGUGGGCCAUUUCCGGCUGAUCAGCAGGCUUCCUUCCAGGAAGGGCAUGGUGCUACAGGCUGUGGACGCCGAUCAGAAGGCCGUGGCCAUCAAGAUCUUCGAGAAGUCACAGACACAAGAUCCUGGUCUGCUGGAGAGCAUUUACCGGGAGAUCCGGCUCACGGGCGAAGUUGUGAGGCAUCCUAACAUCGCCAAGUGCCUGGACAUGAUUCACAGCCUUUCGAGAGUCUACCUCGUCAUGGAGUUCGCCGGCGGUGCAAACAUCGAGCACAUCAUCAGCUGUCGCCAGGAGCAGCGGAUGAAUGAGUCUGAGGUGAACAACUGCUUUGAGCAGGUCGUGCGUGGCGUGGCGCAUCUCCAUUCCAAGAAUAUCGCACAUCGCAACAUCUGCCUCCGUCAUCUCGUGGUCUCCACCUUGGCGGGCAGCGACAGGGAGCACGUGCGGAUUGUGGAUUUCCAGCAUGCCAUGCUGGUACGACCCGACAUGACCUCCCGGACGAUCGUGGGCUCCAUGCCCUACAUGGCGCCGGAGAUGGCGGCGGGAGGUCCCUACUGGCCGCACUCCGCGGAUGCUUGGAGCUGUGGCGUG